AUAAGAUGAAUGGAGUCUGGUGUAAUGUUUCUAACACAAAUCCUAGAAGACCCGUAAGUAGUAGUCAUUUUGGUUGUAUCACCCAUCUAUAUCAAAUUGCAUUGUUUGAUAAACAUGAUAAACCGACGAAUUAUAAUAUUACCGUUGACGAGGAUAAUUUAAUUUUGAUCAAAAAACACAAGUGGUAUCUCAAGAAUGAGAUUGUGGUAAAUGAAAAUGGUGUUGCUUUAACAGAAAUUCUUACCGGUGCCACCAAUGUUGAACUGAAGGAAGGAAAAAAAUAUGAUUCUACAAAUAAUGAAGAUAUUUGCAUAUUUACAAAAGUUAAAAAAAAAGACGAGAUACUUGGAAUAGGAAUUUAUUGUCCUUCAUAUCCAGACAAAAGUAUUUUCAAAGUUGUGAAUAAAGAUUAUUCUAUUCAAGAAUUACAGAUUUAUGCUUUGAUCGAAGCAAUUAAAAAUUUUA